CAUGAGCAAACAUUCCCAUGAAUCUUUGACCAGAGACAAGUAAUUUGGAAUAAUGUAAUGAGACAGGAGCUUUUUUGAUCAAGUCCCUCUUAAAUAAUCAUCAUAUUAUUGCUUUAAUUUCUCAGCAUUAGCUCAGUGAGACACAUAUAUGUAAAAGAACUUGAUUUUCAUAUCUUGGUCAUAUUAUUAGGAACAGGUUACUUAAGACAGAAUUUAUUUACUGAUUAAAAGAAUGUGAUGCAGAGAAGAAAAAGAACUAGGCAAACUGAUAAGCCAUGGUAGUCUUAACUAGUUGGGACUGAAUGUGCUUUAGCACACUGUGAAAGUUAAUUGAUAGUUAAUUGAAAACAGAAUAAGCAGUCGCUUAAAUCGUUUCACUCUGCUGGACCUGUAAUAGUGUUUGUGGUUAAUAAUUAUUUUGCAUCUAAGAGGGAAAAAAUCCAUUUAGGAUGCUGAUAGGUUUUAGGAGUGCUGGUAGGCAGGUCAUCUUUGGAUGAGCCAUUUUCUCCCAUUUCCAGUCUUCGUGCUGUUGCAAGGAUAAUUCAAGCUAUCUUUUGACUAUCGGUUAAAUGGAUACCUCCUAAAAUGUCAGACUGUUUUUUUUAAACUUUCCCAGAGAUUAAACAGACAUCUUUUCAAACUGAGGCUGCAGGGAGUGGACUGGAGGGGAGUCUGUUUCUCUAGGCACAGGCUUAAUGGUUAUUUCAGCGGGUGUCCUGUGGUGUUAGUUAAUCAAUUGUUGUUAAAGUCCUCAGCAUGAUAUAUAAACCUGAACUGGCCUGAAAAAUGCUUUGAGUGCUUUGAGGCUAAUGGCAUUUGGAUACACCGAGACAGGGAGGUUAGAACACUGUUCUUGUCACACUUGGUCAUUUCAGUUUAAUAGUCAGCAAAUAAAGUAAUUAAACUGAAAUUCAGGUCGUCCCUAAUCCAUGAUAACACACUGUAUACUGUAAACGGACGUGCAACAGAGAAUACAUUUGUCUCAGUCUGACACACACUUGGGUUCUGUAAAUGUAAAUGUUUGUGUAACAAACAUCUUUUAUGGAUGUCUUGUUUAUGUUAGACACAUUAUUUCACAGUCACCCAACCCUUGAACAAAGUUAAACUGGCUGUUUGAGUUGUUGUCCUUUAGACUCGUUCGCGUCAGGUAAAAUGCUUUAGUGAUUGCGGCUUUGUUACCCAAUAGCCCCUUUUUCAUUACCAAUUGAGUGCUGACCAAAAAGGACAAGGGAUGUGACUUGUGUCAGCAAAAUAAGUUUGAGUAGCUCCACCCUGACAUUUCAGCCACAGGGGUUGAGAUAAUGAGUAAUCUUUCUGGUUUGAGUUCACAUGGGUUUAUAGGAGUAAUCUGUGUGAAGACACUGCAAAUGUUUUAUUUGAUUUUAAACCAACAUUCCUUGCCAUACAUAACAAUAAAUAGAGUCACACUCUAAAAUUAAAAUGUAUUGUCUUUGAGGAGUGCUGUGCCACUAUUCCCGAUGUAUUAACAAAACCUCUUUGUGUCCGUCAAUAUGUUAGAUUUUCGUCAUUCUGAACUUUGUACCCAAAUACAGAAGGGGAGUGGCUUUAGGUCUGAAACAGGUUUAUGACUCCCUGUGAGCGAGUUUCGAGUCUGAUAAUUUGCAUGUUAGAACUGGAAUCCACACCCUCAACCUGCAGACUGCUUAUCAUGUUGAGACACCUCUGCUUCUUUGUCUUUUUCAGUAGGCACACAUGAGUCUCUAAACAUUGAACAUAAGUUGAAAAUAUGUAAAUGUAAGCGGGAUAUUCUGGGAGCAGUCAAGAGGAUUUUCACAGAGUCAGGAAUCUAAAUCCCCUGAUUUCUUUUUCUAGUGGUGAGCUCACCUUAACGUCAGGUGAAAAACAACUACACCUUUCUAACCAUCCAACCAUGCUGGGUCUUCACGUUGAUAAAAGUGACAGAAGUGAAAACAGGUCCUACUAAAAAAGUCUGGAGCCAUGGAGUCUCCAGAGUUUUCCCUGUUGUCCUCCUUGCGAGGUGAAUUUAAAUCAGAGGAUUUCAUUCAGCCUCACUAUAAGGAGUCGUAUCGGCUGGCAAUUGAUCGCUUGGUGAAUGGCGGCAGAGACAGUUACCAGGAGUUCUUAAAAGGAGAACGGCUCGGGAGCUUUCUCUCAGAAGAUGAGAUCCUCUUCAUCACUGGAAAUGCAGAACAGCUCCCACCUCAAACCCAGACCGAGGAAAUCAAAGAUCCCUCGGAUACCAAAUCAUCCUCUGGGACAUAUUGGCCCAUGCACUCAGAUGUGGAAACGCCAAAUCUGGACUUAGGGUGGCCGGAGGUUUUGCAUGAAAUGUUACAGACUAAUAUAGAUCUGCUCUUUCAUCCACCGAGACUAAACAGCCCAACAAUUAAAGAAGUCAUCCGGAAGCACAUUCAGGAUGCAAGACAGGUCAUUGCCAUUGUAAUGGACGUGUUUACUGAUGUGGAUAUAUUCAAAGAAGCCGUCGACGCUUCAAUACGGGGAGUCCCGGUUUAUGUGCUUUUGGAUGAUUACCAUUUGAAAAGUUUCCUGACAAUGGCUGAAAACCAAGAUGUGAAACUCCAACAACUGAGAAACAUGAGGGUGCGCACCGUGAAAGGUCAGGAUUACCGCUGUCGAUUAGGAGCUAAAUUUCAUGGUGCAAUGGAGCAGAAGUUUCUUUUAGCUGACUGUCACACAGCAAUUUACGGCUCAUACAGUUUCACCUGGUCAUUUGAGAAGAUCAAUCUGAGCAUGGUUCAGAUCAUCACAGGACAUCUGGUGAAGUCCUACGAUGAGGAGUUUCGAACCCUCUAUGCCCGAUCGAUCGUGCCACCUGAACUGUGUCCUCCAGAGGAUUUGCUCCAACGAAACGGGUCACUUGGGCAACAGAUUUUACCAAACUGUCAUUCUGCUCCAAAUCUUCAGCGGAGGGACAUGUUGAGGCAAAGUCUGGACACAGUCUAUCGGAAGACUCGUGAGAGGAACCUCGGUCAAAGAGAUUAUGAAGAGAGGCUGUUUGAAGAGGAAGAUUACAAACUUAGACCCUUGAUGGAAAAUGGCAUUGGUGUUCAGGAAUUUCAAUCAGUGGAGGAGAUGAACUUCUUCAAAAGGCACAGCUAUGCUGGAGAGAGGCAAGAUGGACACGAAUCCAUCCCACAGAACAUCAAGCCUAGAGGGAGCAACUGGAAUAUCUCUAGAGAUGGAGCAAACAACUAUGCUAUGAAUAAUUAUUUACAAGUGCCACAGAUACACAGAAGUCACAAUUUGCAGUCUUACAACGGAAAUGACAAACGAGUUCUAUCCAAGCAGCAGAACAUGCCAACAUUGGAGAAUAUGUCCAAGUCCUAUAUGCGUACAUUGAGGAUCGAGUCAUAUCUUAAUAAUCCUGAUGUCCCAUUUGGGGACUCUUGUGACUAUUUAGACCAGUUUGAACAACUGGACAAAGCUAGCCUGUUCAUGCAGGGAGGGAUGAGGUCCUCUCUUGCUCUCAGGCCAACCGUACAAGAACAAAUGGAGGCAAACAGAUAUCUACAUACUUCUAGUAGUCUUAGCCCCACAAAAAACAGUCAUUUACACUACUCAUCCAUGCAAUGGACUCCAACAGGAGCAGGCUAUGAUACAGGUAGAAACCCUUAUCAUUCAUAUGCCAACCUGAGCCGAGCUAAAGACAGGCAAAUAAUCACAAACCCUAACAUUUUCAGUGACAACUGGGUCAAAAGGCACAGUGUGGCAGAUCCGAGAUCAAGCACACACGAACCAUCAAAUCACAUGUACAAUGCUUUUGUAAGGAUGCAAGAAGGCCAAAGUGAAGCAGCAAUGACUGCACUGAAUGGAGGACAUGGGUCAAACCUAAAUGAAGAUCAGAGAUCUGUCUCCCAUUAUGAUGUCAAGAGCAUGACAAGCACAAAGAGUCCCAGUGGCCCCAUUUGGCAGGAGCCACCGGCCCGGGCUUUGUCAGCAGUAGCCCUGGAUGUGAAAAGCAAGGAUUUGACUGAUAAAUCUAACCGCACGGGCGCUAAGAAAAUCACAUCUUUGCUGAACAUACAAGAGAAAAAAGAGAAUUCAAUUAGGAACUCAAAAACACCAAGUCUCACGUCAGCGGACAGCUCAGACACUCUGACUGCUGAGGAUGAGGAGAAAACAUCAGUUAUAGAACAAAAACAUCUCCCAAGCAGAAGCAUUUCUCUCAGUUACUUCUCAGAGCGCCAGAGGAACAACGUGGAGGGCAUAAAAUCUUUAAAAUCGCGAUUCCAAGCUGAGAAAGAACAACAACCUCCGCAGAGCGCUCUCUCCAAAACCACCACACAGAAGAAACCCAGCAUUUUUGACAAAAACACAAGGCCUGGAUUUCACUCAAGCAGCUGGAGCAAAGACCGAGGAGGUGAGAAUCGCCUGUCGAGCAGAUUUGAGCCUUUCGGCUCAUCGGAAAAGAAAACCUCUCUACGCACUCCACACAGCUUCAGAAUCAAACCGUCCCAGGAGAAGUCCAAAAGCCUUCCAAAAGGCGAGGCAGCUAUUGAACUCAACAGCACUCAGGCUGCCCGUGGACAUCAUGAAAACAAGCUGGAGAAAUUCUUUCAAAGAGUGGGAAAUUUUAUACACAAGAACAAGUAGCGACGUGUCUUAGCAUUACGCACACUCUUCACAGGUCAAUAACUACUAAUGCACAUGUGAUUGGUAAUGUUUAUACAUGUAGCUUUGCACUUUGCUGCGUUAAGAAAAUGUUUUGGCAAACAGAGUUUACGUCUUUACUGGUUUAUAGGUGCACUGAUGGAUGCCAUAUAUUGGCAAUCUGGAAAUACAAUUGUCAAGCUGCUUUUGUGUCUUUCUUCUACUUGAACUUCCUAACAAAUUCACUGUCAGAAUGUGUUUGGGGAUGCGUACCUUUUUGUUGUUUCAAAAUGUCACAAAAGUAUAAAAUGUAUUGCUGCAAGUGCAUACACAUACCAAGGUGCUGUUACUACUGCCAAAGCCACAUGAAUGUUGACGGGUAAGUUACAGAAUAAACAUUGCAAAUGCUACAGGUGUCCAAGAUAAGAUAUGAUGGAGCACAUCCUGUGUCAGACAGGUUUUGCCGAAUGCUGGGAGGGUGCAAUACUUCUGUAAAACAUGUGCUGUAUUUUCUUAAUAAAAAUUUGCAUCACUUUUAA